AUGGAAACCUUUAACUACAUAAACCUUCGCAUUAAAAAGGUGAAAAAUGACGACCUUGUGCAAGCUUUGCGGGGUCAGAAGAUCCCUCGAGCCCUUGGCGACGAGAGGACAAGAAGAUGCGUAAUUCGUGGUAUACGAUAUCACCAGGGCUUUGGAACCCAGCUUCGUGGGCUUCUUCCCGAAUUCACUCGCUCCCUCAAUGCAAGAAGUAUCAUGAGCAAUGAAAUACCUGAUAUGAACCCAGAAUGUCCUGAAGCAUUUCCCUACUGUAUCUGGCAUCCCGAUACAGCGUCAGAGGCAACCUAUCGCGAACUAGCCAAGCGCUAUCCUCACAUGAAAUACUUGGUUGGUCGUGCAUGUGCCGUGGCAGGAUACACAGAUCUUUUUCACGAGUUGGAGCUGCUACCUGAAUGUCAUAUUGCCGAAGAAGCACGCGAGAGCGGUCACAUGGCGAUCUUUGAUGCUAUCAUGAAAGCUGGUACCAAGUACAAUGCCAUGGACGAUUAUACCAGAGAGAUAUUUACUCCGGUUCCUGGAAAUCUUAACGGUGAUACGGCCAUUCGGUCAUAUCUCGAUAUUCGAUUCGCAUUUGACAAGGGAUGGCUCCCGUCAAGCUACCAUGGCCUCCACUGGGCGAUGGAUGAUGAUUAUUGCGACAUCUGCGAAGACCGGCGUGUGGAUGAGUUUGACACGGACCCUGAGACCACGCCUUUUGCGAUCAAAGACGAGAAGAUUUUGCCAAUGCUCUACAUGCCACUUCCAGCCGACCUUCCAACUCUCAACAAAGACCUCCUGAUUCUCACCGCGGCGUUCUACGGUGAUAUCGAUCGAUAUGCUCGCCUUCGACGACCCAACACGGUCCGCUCAGAACUUGGUUGUUUGUUACGAGGGAUCUAUAACAACACCAUGUUUGCCAUGUGGUGCUCACUCCAAACGGGCCCCACAUUCCAGUACAAUGGUAUCAAGGCUGCUAUCCAUGCCCGAUUUAUCAUGAACGGUGAUUUGUCGCGCAUCACCACAGACACUCCUAAUGAAGAGCUGCCGUAUCUUCUCUGGUACCCAUCCAUCCCACGAAAGUCGGUACUCCGAGAGCUAUUCCGGCGUCAACCGACAAUGAAACCCGCCAUUGCAAGAACUUGCAUCAUCGCCGACUACGAGGACCUCUAUGGUCUCCUUGAUGUAGAUCCGGAUACCGAAAUAAUGGACGAUGCUCGCGAUAGCCCGAACCCUCACUAUAUCCAGGAUUUGGAAGCUAAGAUCCCUGAUCGUGGCUACAGACCCUUCCCUCACGGGAUCACCUACGAGAUACCACGAAAACUGAAAAUGUUCGAAUAUCCACCCUCACACCUGUGGAUAAACUUUGCAGACUCGGGCCCAAGUAUCGAAGACGACGGUAUAUCCUACAAUGGUAGUAUCGUACGUUUUAACUCGCUACAAUUGUCAGUAUCGGCCCCAGAGUCACUCAAGCAACUCGUCACAGAGACACAUUGUGCAAUUGAGAUUGAUGAAUAUUAUGACUCCCUGAGACAUGAGAUACAGGUCCACGAACGCCUGGGCAACAACGAAGGGAUUGCUCCGCUCACCUGCCCGUCUGAAUAUAGGACUGGGGUGGCCUUCGCGAAAGAAAACAAUCUCGAGUCUUACAUCGGUACCCACCCGGAGCCAGAAGAGUCCUUCAAGACAGAUUGGAUUCUCUCUCUCACCAGAACUUUAUCACAUGCGCACUCCCACAGGGUGUUUAUUGUUAAUCUCUAUCUCAGCAAUAUCUUGGUUAUACAAGAUGAACUGAAGCUUACGAACUUUAGCGAGUCUAUCUUGUUACCACCAACGGCCCAAAUGGAUACCGUAUGCGAGGACAGUUUGACUGCUAAGAUUGAGAUCCUUCAACUUGGUUGGAUUAUCUACUCGAUUGCUACUUGGCGCGUUCAUACUUAUCGUUUCUUCAAUCGGCUUAAUACAACUUGGCCAACCCUCGAAUCGUUUCCUUCUACGGAUGAUCUUUUCUGUGACCUCAUCGUCAGAAAGUGUUGGCGUGAAGAAUACGAUAGCAUGGAUGCCUUGAAUGAGGAAGCGCAUUCUUCAUUGAAGAUUUGCAAGGAAGGCUAA